AUGUUCGCUCCCGGCAAACCCAAGAUUAAAACGAGAACUGUUCUUGUCAAGAAGGCGCCCGCCCCCACUGCAAGCCCCUCACCGUCAUCACGCCCUCUAGCCUCACGACCAGGCAAUGCCUCGCGCUCUCACAGUGCAUCUGGCCCGCCAUCCAACCGCUACCAGUCGACGCCCCGCUCGCAAACAACCUCGAGGGAACGGGCCCCCAAGUCGGUAUCCGUGUCGCGUGUCGACACCCGCAAACGUAAGGGUGCCGAUACCCCCCAGUGGGCUAGCAGCGAUGAGUCGAGCGAAGAUGAUGACAGUGAUCGCUUGGGUGUCAAGCGCCGCCGGACACGGCCAGCCAGCAGCAGCAUCGAGCCCAUGAGUCUAAAUCGCGCUCUCGAGCCGGACUUGAGCAGGCGCAUACGGAUACAGGAGGCUGAGAAGAGAGAUGCGGCAGAGGCCGAAGAGCCUUCGAAUGGUACAACAGACUCGGUCAUGAGACAGGCUCAGGAGAAUGCGGCGUUUAGAAAGAAAAAGGCGUCGGCAGCCAAGAUAUGCCUGAAACAUGGUUAUGAAAUGACAAAAGAUGAUGUAGCCAAAGCAUACAAAUCUCCUUUUUCAGGAAGCGACAAGAAGCUUGUGGUUGAACUGCAAUAUCCCAGUCUCUCCCGUCCAGAAAAGUUCGAAGCUGUUGCCCGGAAAGAAGUGGACGAGGAAUACAGCCCGCUGGACGACAUUUAUUUCAGUAUCGAGGAAAUCAUACAGCACUACCUCCCAUCAGAUCUGUCUGCAGAGCUGUCAUCCGACGCACUAGGCACAGUCCGGCUCCUCAAGAGAGCGGUAACUAAAGACGACCCGGAACUCUUCAAACAAGAACUCUCCAAAUUCAACAAGCUGAUCAAGGACCGCUACAGCGAUGGUACCAUACCCCGCAUCCUCGAUGAUAUGCACGCCAUCCCCCUCAGCCUGGUCAAGCGCAUCACGGCCCAAAGCUACAACCGCAUCGUGUCCCCGCACGCCCACCGCCUCCGCAAGGUCGCCGGUAAAGAAACCACCUACGGCGAGCUCCUCACGCCGUUUGUCCACAAAAUCUUUGCGCAAACGGGACUCAACUCAUCGCACAUCUUCGUCGACCUCGGCUCCGGCGUCGGCAACGUGGUCCUGCAAUCCGCCCUCCAAACCGGCGCCGAAUCCUGGGGCAUUGAAAAGAUGAAGCUCGCCGCCUCGCUCGGCUCCGAACAAGCGGCCGAACUCAAGGCCCGCUCGAAACUCUGGAACAUUGCGCUCGGCCCCAUUGAGCUUAUCCACGGCGACUUUCUCGAGUCGCCUGAAAUCGACAAUGUACUUCGCAAAGCGGAUGUCGUACUCGUUAACAAUAAAGUCUUUGGCGAGACGCUGAAUAAUCUGCUCCUACAAAAGUUCUUGGAUCUGAAGCAAGGGUGCAAAGUCGUUAGUCUUGAGAGCUUUGGUGGUGGUGCCGCAAAACAGGGGGUUAGGAAUGAACAGAGUAUUGCGGGGCUGUUUGAUGAAGAGAGGUAUGAGUCGGGCACUAAUAGUGUGAGUUGGGCGGGUGAGAGUGUCGAGUAUUUUAUUGCGACAAAGGCAAGGUGA